AUGCGUCUACGUAUUGAUUUGCAUGUUUUAACAACAAUCUUCACACUUAUUUCUAGCACAAAUUUACAACGCAGUGAUGCAUCAAUAAAAACUGUCGAAGAGUUUCUCGAUACUCUCAUUAAUUCAAGUCGUUAUGAUAGGCGUAUUCGACCAUUUUUUGAUCAGCAGAAACCGUGCAACGUGACAAUGACGAUCCAUAUUAAUACGAUUUCAGCUAUCAAUGAAGUUAAUAUGGAUUAUAAUACUGAUAUUAUUUUCCGACAGUCUUGGUAUGAUCCUCGCCUAAAUUAUUCCGGAACUGAUUGGGCACAACGAUCACCGCAAAUUACUUUGCAUUAUUCUCUUAUCGAUCGAAUAUGGGUGCCGGAUUCAUUCUUUCGGAAUGCCAAAGAAGGUAAACGCAGUGAUAUUACGGUGCCCAAUCGAUUGAUUCGUAUUCAUCGCGAUGGCAAAGUACUCUACAGUCAACGACUCUUACUUAAACUUGAUUGCCAAAUGAAAUUGCAAAAAUUUCCACUUGAUAACCAAACAUGCGUAGUUAACAUUGGCAGUUAUGCAUUUGGUACCAAUGACUUGGCAUUCUAUUGGGAUGAAUCGCAAAAUGUCAGUGCUAUCCGAGUCAACGAAGAUCUCGAAAUGCCCGAUUUUGUUUUAAGUAAUCAUGAAGCGAAGUAUUGCAAUCGAACAACAGCCACAGGCGCAUUUGCUUGUAUCGAAGUGCAUUUGAAAUUACAACGAAAUCUUGACUUAUAUAUUCAAGAACUUUAUCUACCAUCGACAUUGAUUGUAACAUUAUCUUUUAUCGGCUUCUGGGUCGAUUAUAAAUCCCAUCCAGCAAGAACUCUACUUAGUUUACUGAGUAUUGUCACUAUCUCAACACAAGCCGCAGGCAGUUUUACAUGCCUUCUCGUUGUUCUACAUUUAAAGCGUUUGUUUGGUUAUUAUCUCGUACAAGUUUAUAUUCCAUCGAUGCUCAUUGUGAUCCUUUCUUUUGUUUCAUUUUGGAUCGAUCAUAAAUCGGUUCCCGCUCGGAUCUCUGUCGGACUUUUGACUGUUCUAACAGUUACCACUCAAAGCUCAGGUAUUCGGUCUCAACUGCCGCGUGUCUCCUAUAUUAAAGCAAUUGAUGUUUGGAUGUCAGCCUGUCUUGUUUUCGUCUUCGCCGGUCUGCUCGAAUACGCCUUAGUCAACGUUAUUGCCCGCAAAGGUGAAUUGAGGCAACAAGUUCGAUUUUCCAAAGAAAGAAAAGGUACGGAUAGACCGCCGAAAUUAACUUUAAUACAAAAACUUCAAAAUGGCUCGACCUUUGCUGCUGAGAGAGUUAUUGGAAACCGUCUUGCUCAAGUUCAGUUCUAUAAAAAAGAGGACGGAAAUGACAGUGCUGAAACGAUGGAGGCACUCGUUCACAAAUCAAGCAGUGCUGAUAGAAAUGCAGGUGGCAAUGCAAGUUCCCAUGUUCAAUACUCCGCUAUGUCAAAUUCAAGUGGUCCAAUAUCAACACAAGCAAAUCCAUUACCACAAGUUGUCUUAGCACAACCAGCACCGAUUGCCAAAGCUGCCAAACCUGUCCGUGACAGCGCGCAAUUUGUCGAUCUCGUCUCGGCAGUUCUCUUUCCGGUCGCCUUUAUUGUAUUCAAUAUUAUUUACUGGAUGGUCUAUCUUAAUAUGCAAGUGGAAUAUGUCCUGAAAUAA